AAUGAUAAUCCCAAAGAAAAUCUCUAUGCUUAUAUAGCUUGUUCUAUUUUUAAUUCAGCUUGGUGUGUAGAUAAAUUUAUCUCGACGUUUCAUUGGUCAAUAAAUAUAUCCGUAUUCCACCGUGUUGUAUAAAUAGAAACGGAUGAGUAUGUGAUUAUAAAUACAGGAUAUUAUUAUUUUGACACAGAAUCUGCAGAAAGAGGAUAGGGUAUAAGCGCCAUGGAGAACAUUAAGCUUCUUGUUCUGGGUGACGGGGGAGUGGGUAAAUCCUGCCUCCUGAUCUCCUACACUACGAACGCCUUCCCGUCCGAGUACAUCCCCACGGUAUUUGACAACUACUGCGCCAACGUGACGGUGGACGGCAAGCCCUACUGUCUGGCACUGUGGGACACAGCUGGGCAGGAGGAUUACGACAGAUUGCGUCCCUUGUCCUACCCCGGCACCGACAUCUUCCUCCUCUGCUACUCUAUAGAGAGCAGGUGCUCCUUUGAGAACGUCGAGGCAAAAUGGAUACCGGAGAUUGAGCACUUUUGUCCAAACGUUCCAAUUCUUCUGGUUGCUUGCAAAUCAGAUUUAAGGUCAUCAUCCAGGAGAGAGGAGAUGGUUAGUACGGAGGAGGGGCAGGAGCUGGCGAAACGACUCCGGAUGUCGUUCUGUGAGACAAGUUCCCUGACACAGACUGGCCUAAAGGAGUGCUUUAACACCGCGAUCAAACGAGCGUCAGAAUGCAGUAAUAGUAAGAAGAAAGCGAAAUCCUUUGGGAUUGGGAUUGGUGGAUUUGGUUUUUCAAAGAAGAAGAAGCAUGUACCUCUACCCCCCGUUAUGCCUCCAGCCGGAAAGGCUCCGUGGGUAGAAAUAAUGACGUCAACAUUCAGUUCUGAUUGGACGAAGGCGCUACAGAAUCCUGUCCACUCUGACGUGACGUUUAUACUGGAGGGGAACCACAAACUCGAUGCACAUCGCCUGGUGCUGUGUGCAGCCUCCAAGUUCUUCCAGAAAGUCUUCAGAUUCUCUCAAAGUGAACAGCAAAGAAAUCAACUGUCCGAAAUUGAGGACGAAUCUUUCUCGACACAAGAUUUAACAUCAGGGGCAGUGGAAGGCAUAGCAACGGUCAUAGAGGAGAAUGAUGUGAAAACUCACACAACCAUACAGCUGUGUGAUGGAAUCCGGCCCAAGUCUUUCGUGCGGGUUCUACAGUUCCUCUACACAGGAUUACCGAAUCUACCUGAGGACGUUACGGGUAUCGAAGACGAAAUCCACGAUCUAAGCAGAUUGGCCAAAAUGUUUGGGUUGGGACAACUAGACACAAUCUGUGAUAACUGUUUGAAGGAGAUGGAUUUUUUGAAUCCAAGCAUUGGGACGUUUCUCAACGACGAAACAGGAAAACGAAUGAAAGAUAUGUUCUUGAACAACCCUGAAUAUGCCGACGUCAUCUUCCAUAUUGAAGGAACAAAAAUUUACGCCAACAAAGUUGUUCUCGGGGCGAGAUGUGAGGUCAUGUCGGCCAUGUUUGGAGGAAGUUUUGUAGAGAGUCAGAGUACUGUGUCCGAGGUCCAGCUAAAGGAAGUGACGUCAGAGUGUUUCAUGGCCCUCAUGGAGUACCUCUACUCGGACCACGCCCCCAUCGAAGACGGUGACUCGGUUGGGAUCAUGGUACUGGCGGAUGAAUACGGUCAAAAGAGACUGGUAAAUCUCUGUGAGCUUUACAUUACCAAAGAAGUUGAUCGAAGUGUAACCAAGCAAAUCGAGAAAUCAGAAAUAGACGUCAUCGGCCUAUUACUGACGUCACAGCUAUAUAAUGCAGAGCAGCUCUCUAACUGGUGUCUCCACUUCAUAUCUUCUAACUACAUUGCAUUCGAGAAAAGAAAGGAAUUCUCCUUGCUAACCGGAAGUAAUAUAGAGCACGUGGAGGAGCACAGAUGGCCGCCAUUGUCCUAUUUAGAGGAAGUGAAACAGUAUGAGAAAGAGAUGGAGAAAAUGGGAGAGAAAUGUAGUGUUAUGUGAUAUCAUACUUUUAACUCUAAAUUGUGAUAAACUACAACAAACUGCAAUUGUGUUAAAAAAUAA